CCAGCCGCGGUGCAUCCUCUGCCCGCGCCCAGCGCCCGGCGCCCCCCGGCCCCGGCCCUGCUCCGCGCCCCACUCAGCGCCCGGCCCACCCGGCUCCCCUGCAGCUGGGCCGCGCGGUCAUGAGGCUGCGGGGAUGCGGUCCCCGGGCCGCCCCCGCCUCCGGCGUAGGGGCCGGCGACGCUCGGCGGCUGGCGCCCCCGGGUCGGAACCCCUUCGUGCACGAGCUGCGCCUCCGCGCCCUGCAGAAGGCCCAGGUGGCCGUCAUGACGCUAACUCUCUUCCCUGUCCGGCUGCUCGUGGCGGCCUUCAUGAUGCUGCUGGCCUGGCCCUUCGCUCUCGUUGCAUCUCUGGGAUGUGCUGAGAAGGAGCCUGAACAGCCCCUGGCCUUGUGGCGGAGGGUUGUGGACAUCCUGCUCAAGAUCAUCAUGCGUACCAUGUGGUUUGCCGGCGGCUUCCACCGAGUGGUGGUGAAGGGGCGGCAGGCGCUGCCCACCGAGGCAGCCAUCCUCACGCUAGCACCGCACUCCUCCUACUUUGAUGCCAUCCCCGUCACCAUGACCAUGUCCUCCAUCGUGAUGAAGGCGGAGAGCAGAGACAUCCCGAUUUGGGGAACUCUAAUAAAGUACAUUCGCCCAGUGUUCGUGUCCCGCUCAGACCAGGACUCUCGCAGGAAGACAGUAGAAGAAAUCAAGAGGCGGGCGCAGUCCAACGGAAAGUGGCCACAGAUAAUGAUUUUUCCAGAAGGAACGUGUACAAAUAGGACCUGCCUAAUCACCUUCAAACCUGGUGCAUUCAUACCCGGCGUCCCCGUCCAGCCUGUGGUUCUACGAUACCCUAAUAAACUGGACACUAUCACGUGGACGUGGCAAGGCCCUGGAGCGUUUAAAAUCCUGUGGCUUACCCUGUGUCAGUUUCACAAUCAAGUGGAAAUUGAGUUCCUUCCUGUCUACACACCCUCGGAGGAGGAGAAGAGGAGCCCCGCACUGUACGCCAGCAACGUGCGGCGCAUCAUGGCAGAGGCCCUGGGCAUCUCUGUGACCGACUAUACAUUUGAGGAUUGCCAGCUGGCCCUGGCAGAAGGACAGCUUCGCCUCCCUGCUGACACCUGCCUCUUAGAAUUUGCCAGACUCGUGCGUGGCCUCGGGCUAAAACCAGAAAAACUUGAAAAAGAUCUGGACAAAUAUUCAGAAAGUGUUAAGAUCAUGAGAGAAGAGAAGAUCGGGGUUUCAGAGUUCGCCGCGUACCUAGAAGUCCCGGUGUCUGAUGUGCUGGAAGACAUGUUCUCGCUGUUUGAUGAGGGCAACGGCUGGAUGGACCUGCGAGAGUACGUGGUCGCCCUGUCUGUGGUCUGCCGGCCGGCCAAGACGUUGGACACCAUCCAGCUGGCAUUCAAGAUGUAUGGGUCCCAGGAGGAUGGCAGCAUAGGGGAGGGCGACUUGUCCAGCAUCCUCAAGACCGCGUUGGGGGUGGCGGAACUUCCUGUCACAGACCUUUUUCGAGCUAUUGAUGAGGAAGAGAAGGGGAAGAUCACAUUUGCUGACUUCAGCAGGUUUGCAGAAACAUACCCCAACUUUGCAGAAGAGUAUUUGUAUCCGGAUCAGACAUACUUUGAAAGCAGUGCCCAGACCCCACCUGCAGCAGCCCCGAAUGGCUUCUGUACUGACUUCAGCCCUGACAGUGUGGACGUUGGCAGGAGGCCAUCCCAUAAGAAACUGGAGUAGCAUGGGGCUGCAGAGGGACACAGCCUCUCCCAGCAUGACUGCCUGCGUCCAGGCAGCUGCUGGCCCCCCUGCAAGUGGCAACCGGGUCUCGCUCCCUGCUCCCGUGUCCAGGCGCUGUGUCCAGGCCCAAGUUACAGACGACUUCGGGGUUUGUUUUCGUUUCUUUGCGAAGUCUCCAUUUCAGACCAGCGAGUGGAGAAUUCGGAAGGAGCCUGCACGUGUCCCCACCUGUGGAGGGCAGGGGCUCCCCCUGGCUGGUCCCCUCUGGGGUGCUAGCUGCAGUGUCCUGCUGUGGGUCUCCCUCAGUCUCUCACUCCCUCGUGCACAAGGCCAGGGCCUCCUACGCACACACACUGGAAGCAGAACUUCCGCCUGCGUGUGAUUCCAGCACAAAAUUCUGCCCACCUCUGUGGGAUCAUGGCGUGGCAGGGUAUUGCCUGAUUUUUAAACAUUUCUAUAUUUGUGUGAAACUCAUGAGGAUUUUAUAACUUCAUUUAGGUACUUCAGGAAACAUUCCACAUUUUUUAAAAAAAAGAAAAUUGUUUUUCUACUUCAUUUUCCUUUUAGGGUCAGAGACUAUUUAUUUAUAGGCCUUUUUUGAUAGCAUUCGAGGCUGUUUCGAGCUUUGACCUAAAUUUCUAUUGGGCCUCUCUCCACCAGGUUAAACUCCUCUUCUCCCGUUUGGGCCCCAGCAGGGGAGAUUCAGCCACAAGGUCCCGGUCCCAGCUCCAGGACACUUUUUCUGCUUUUUUUGAUCUUUUUUCAAGACCCCCCUCUUUUGUAUCGACGUUACCAGUUGGGUAUUUCUGUUUUACUAUAACGCAGUCUACUUCAUUGUGUCCUCCACCUCCAGUCGGGACUGAACAUGGUAGGAAGUGAGAGGCAGAGGCAGCAGCGGGAGGUCACCAAGCUGUGUAGUGUGUGACCUCCUGAGCAGCCCUGGAGACUCUGGCCAGGCGGGCAGCUCCUCCCUCCUCUCUGCUUGGGUUCUCUGGCCUUCAGGGUGUGGCAUGUGGCAGCUGCUGACCAGCCACCUUCCUGUGUGCAGCCUUCGCUUAGGGAGGGGUACGCCGCAUGGUGGCGUGUGGGAGGACCAGGACAUUUGGCCCAGGUGGUGCCUCCCUGCAGCACCACCUCCUGACAUUGGGCCGGGUGUGUCCCAGGAGUAGGUGGUUCUGUCCCCUCUUAAAGGGGGAGAGGAAGGGGCUUUGAGGCACUGGGACUGGAGACAUUCGGUGUGACCUUUAUCUUCUGCCGCCACUUUUUCCACCAUUUUUAUGGUAUAAUGAGAAGCUGGCCUAUAAAGCACAAUAAUAACUAUAGACUUCGGUUUGUCUGCUAAGCAAAGCCUCUGGGUUUAUUUGGGGAAACAAAUUUUUCUGAGGUGAACUGAUUUUGUAUUCAGGGUGUCUCUGUAGAAAGUGACCACGAGGCCAGUAAGUGCAGGAGAAAAUGUUUACUAACCUCCUCAGUGUGGUGCCCUGCGUUCCCCACUGACAGGCAUUAGCGUCAAGGAGCCGCCCACCCUGGUCACGUCACCCCGUGGCUCUAGCACAAGCACUGCCAGAAACACAGACAGGGAUGGCAGACAGAAGCCGAUUUCUGGGCUCCUGGCUUAUUGGACACGGGAGAAAUGCUAACGUAGCCUUGGUAGCAAUUGAUUUUAUAAUUAUAGAAUGCAUAAAGAUUCAUUUUUAAAAGAGAACAGCCUGCACGUGACCAGUGAAGGAGGUUAAUAAACUAAGAUAUUCCAAAGGAAGGGCCCGCAGCUCCCCUCCCUGAGUCUGCGGAUGAAGGGUUUUUUUAACGAAAUGCCACUGUGCAUUUUCAGAAAAAAAAAUCUCUGAUAAACAGACUUUGAAUGGAUGUUUGUUCCUCCUGAUUCUCUUUUCUUGCACCGCAAUGUCACGGUGUUUGGAACUGUGAAUGUACAUAGUAUGGGGUUGGCUCCCUUCUGCAUGACCACGGCGCCUGCCCUCAACCGCAGAGAACUUUGGAUUUUCAGCGGAAUUAAUAAAACACGAAGGCUUAUAGACUUGCAGGUGUAUUUUGGUGUGUGUUUAUUAGACACUAUGACAGGAGACAACCCCUGUAUUUUCGUGGUGUGGCUCUAGCAUGUUUGGAAAACAGAGUAAUUGAAAUUCUAUAGAAAAAGCUUUCUGGGGGUCAGAAGGUUGCUGUGAAGUCUGGUGUGUCUGAUAUUAUGUGGACAGCAGCAAACACUUCACAGAAUUCAAACUGGUGUGGCUAUCCCCUGCCUGGGGUGUUGGUUUCUGUGCUUCCCAUAGGUGAAGUGCCCGUACCUUCAGCAUGUCAGGCGGAGAGGAAAGGGGUCUUGCAUUCCAUCCUAUUACAUCAGGAAAAGAUUUAGAAAUGAAAGUAAAAGAAAUAGACCUACUGUGUUAGACUCCUAGAGACUUUAUGGAAAACCAGCUUAUGUAUUCUCCAGUGUGAUGGGUUGAGUAAUGAUUGUAUCGUUCAGGAAAACAGGUCACAGCAGGAGGCUGCAAGGUCUGUGUGGCCUGUGUGCCCUGUGUGGCCUGCGGGGCCUGUGGGCACAGGAGAAGCCAAGGAAGAGCACACAGCAGCUGUUCUUCAACCCAUAACAGCAAUUUUUAUUCACUUUGUCAUGCUUUCAUGCGUUCACCAUGUUUAAUAAAUGGAC